GAUGUUGUUGUCAGCUGACAGUACUUCCUUCUUUCGUAUUUGUCUCGGACGUUUCUGCACCUACAGUUUUCUCUUCAUUCAUUAAAAACUAGUUAAAAUAUUUCAUGUGCAGUGAUCACAGAGGUCAGUGAAAUGUCUGCCAAGCCAACAUGUCUGAUCGUGGCCAGCGCUUCUGCACAAGGGGUGUCAGCAAAGUCUUUUCAUCAGUCCUUCAGCCUCUGCAGCUCAGUGUUUAAUCUUCAGACAGCUACACCCGGGGGGAAGCCGAUCGACUUUAUUGGAGUCGAUGAAAGCACUUCUAGGUGGGUGCAGGACUUCAAUGUGAAACCCUACGCAACACCAGCCAAACUUGAAUCUAUAGAUGGUGCCCGAUAUCAGGCGCUGCUCAUCCCCGACUGCCCCGGAGCGCUGAAUGACCUGGCACACAGCGGCUCUUUGCACCGCAUUCUUACACACUUCAUCUCUCACCAAAAGCCUGUUUGUGCCGUUGGACAAGGAGUGUCGGCACUGUGUUGCGCCACUGAGGGACAGAGCUGGAUCUUCAGUGGCUACAGCUUAACAGGGCCAUCAGUGUUUGAGCUUGUGCGGAGGCCUGACUUUGCCAACCUGCCCUUGGUUGUGGAGGACUUUGUGAAAGACAGUGGUGGAUCGUACACAGCAAGUCAAGAAGACGCUGUGCAUGUGGUCGUAGACAGACACCUAAUAACUGGACAGAACAUGCAGUCGACAGCGCUCGCCGUAAAUAAUCUCAUCCUGCUUUGUAGUGCCAAGUAAAAAUACAAAAUGUUGACAUCAAAUUGAUACAUUUAUAUUUGUGUAAUUAAACAAACAUUCAUCUCAGACAGAUAUUGGAAGAUGCUGGUUCAGAACAGAUGUUUGGCAAUGCUGUAAAUACAUAUGUUUGUCGAUGUAAUGCUGUUAUUACAAGCCUAAUAAAAAAA